AUGGGGGCUAAUUCAGAUCUCAUCACCGACCCGGGAUUCGUCGCCGCGCUUGAAGAGGCCCGCCAAGGUGGUGCUGAAGGAGGAGUCCCAAUCGGCGCUUGUCUGGUAUCCAAAGAUGGAGAGAUCCUAGGCCGGGGACACAAUAUGCGAGUCCAAAAAGGAAGCGCGACUUUACACGGCGAGAUUUCUGCUCUUGAAAAUUCUGGCCGCCGACCAGCUUCGGCUUACGAAGGCUCGACAAUGUACACGACUUUGUCCCCGUGCGAUAUGUGCACCGGUGCUUGCAUCCUGUACAAGGUCAAGCGUGUCGUUGUUGGGGAGAAUAAGAAUUUCCUAGGAGGCGAGCAGCAUUUGCGGAGCCGUGGUAUUGAAGUAGUCGUUUUGCAGAAUGAAGAAUGCAUACAGCUGAUGGAGACUUUCAUCCAAGAAAAGCCCCAAUUAUGGUACGAUCUCUGA